UCCUCCUCGUCCUCCUCCUUCACCCUCUGCCAUUUAUAUUCCAAACACAAACACGCGACAAUCCACCUUUCUUCUUCUUCUUCUUCCUCCUCUUCCCUUCACCUACCUGAACCAUCGCCGUAUCCGUCAGGUUUUGGUAAUGGGAAGCAAGCAGCAUGAUAGUGUAGUUAAAGAUGAGGAACCUAUGACAAUUAUUUCUGAUUCGAAUGAGAAUACUGGAUUUAAAAAGUUGAGUGAGGUUGUCAGUGGGGCGAAUAAUACUCGAGACAUAUAUAGGCAGGAUGUUGUGAGGGGCAAGAAUGGCAUGAUUGGGAUUGUGACUGAAGUUGCUGGUGAUUCAGAUUCUGAUAGCGGCAUGACUGAUGAUGAGGAUGAGGAGGAUGAUGAUGAUGAAGAAGAAUAUGAUGACAAUGCUGACGAAGAUGACGAUGGUGAGAAUCAUGAAAAUGAGAAAGAUCGUGCUGGCGACAGUAAUUCUAAUGAACAUGGUUACAAGAACCAAAAUGGUGGUAAUAAUAAGAGUGGUCCUCUUCCUGCUGACCAGGUUCGAGUACUUUGGAUUGAUGAAAACGAGUCAACUGAGAAUAUCAGUGAUUUGAAAGUUGUUGAUCGGGGAUUCUUGCAUGGGGAUUUUGUUGCUGCUGCUUCUGAGCCAACUGGCCAAGUUGGUGUUGUGGUGGAUGUCAGUAUCUCAGUUGAUCUGAAAGCUCCUGAUGGCACCAUCAUAAAAGAUGUGUCAUCGAAUGACUUAAAACGUGUGAGGGAGUUCACUGAUGGAGAUUAUGUGGUCCUUGGUACCUGGCUGGGUAGAAUUGAGGAUGUUUUUGAUAAUGUGACAGUGAUGAUUGAUGAUGGUUCCCUAUGUAGAGUUUCGAGGGCAGAUCCAAUGGAUCUUAAACCACUUUCAAAAAAUCUGCUUGAAGAUGUUCAUUUCCCUUAUUACCCAGGUCAGCGUGUGAAGGCAAGGUCAUCAUCGAUUUUCAAGAAUUCUUUAUGGUUAUCUGGCUCAUGGAAGCCUAAUCGUCUGGAAGGUACUGUUACUAAAGUUGCAGUUGGAUCAGUGUUUAUUUAUUGGAUAGCUUCUGCUGGCUGUGGGCCAGACUCUUCUACUACCCCUGCUAAAGAGCAGGCCCCAAGGAAGUUGAAACUGCUGUCUUGUUUUACACAUGCAAAUUGGCAAUUGGGUGACUGGUGUCUUCUUCCUUCAUCAGCGUCAUCAUCUUCUAUUGCAGUUGAUAAGGGUUCAAAAUUAGAACUUGUGUGUAAUUCGGAGGAGAGGUCACUAGGAGAACCAAAUGACGACAGUACUCCCAUGGAUACAGAUCCAGUGUCUGUAUUUGAUGGAAACAAUGGAAAUGCUGGAAGUAAUACUUCUAUUGAAUCUAGUUCCAGUGGUAGUUCAUUGUCAGUGGCAAAGAUGCCUGUUACUCUUCAUCGCAAAAAGAUUCGUAGACCUGUAGUGAAAAGAGACAAGAAGGCAUGGAAGGAGGAAAAUUUUGAAAGAUCCUUUUUGAUUGCCAAUACGAGGACAACAGUUGAUGUGGCAUGGCAGGAUGGUUCAACAGGACGGAAGCUGGCAUCAACCGAUUUAAUUCCUCUGGAUAGUCCUGGCGAUCAUGAAUUUGUUGCUGAACAGUAUGUGGUGGAGAAGGCAUCUGAUGACGAUGAUGAUACUUUUGAAGCUAGGCGUGUUGGGCUUGUGAAAAGUGUCAAUGCCAAGGAGCGAACAGCAUGUGUCAAGUGGUUGAAGGCAGUUUCCAGAGCUGAAGAUCCGAGAGAGUUCGACAAGGAAGAAGUUGUUAGCGUAUAUGAGCUAGAGGGUCACCCAGAUUAUGACUAUUGUUAUGGGGAUGUUGUUGUUAGAUUGUUGCCAGUGUCUGUUUCUCCACAGACUACUUCAGUAUCAGACUUGAUUGAGGAGCCAAAGCUGCAAAAUCAACCAAGUGAGCUUACAUCAGAAGCUGUCAAUGAAGCUUCUUCUAUUAUAAAAUCUUGUAUGGACUUCUCAGAUCUUUCAUGGGUUGGUAAUAUAACUGGUCUUAAAAAUGGCGACAUUGAAGUUACAUGGGCUGACGGGAUGGUUUCCACGGUUGGACCUCAAGCAAUUUAUGUUGUUGGUCGAGCUGAUGAUGAUGACUCAAUAGCUGGGAGUGAGAUUAGUGAUGCUGCUAGUUGGGAAACAGUUGAUGAUGAGGAGUUGCAUGACCUACAUCCCCUCGUAAGUAUAACAGAGGAAGAGGAGAUUCAGGGUCCCUUCAACAUAGAUUCUGAAACAGAGGAGGUUGGAGAUGAUAAUUCUGGAAGGAACCCAGCAUUAUCUGUUCCCUUGGCUGCACUUCGCUAUGUCACCAGACUGGCAAGUGGAAUAUUUGCACGGGGGCAAAAGAACUUGGAUCCAACUUGUUUGGAUACUAAAGGUGAAGGUGAUUCUGAAACUCAGGAAGUUGAAAUUUCUCAGGGAGAUCAUGGUGAAGAUUCCACCUCUCAGAAAUCUGUUGAUGAUAGUAUGGAUAUCGAUCAUAAAAAUGAAGAGCAUAUGUCGUCAGAGACAACAAAAGUAUUGGAUGCAGCAGAAAUCUUGUGCAACUUAAGGACUGAAAAAUCAGAUAUGACAAGAUGUGUCAAGGAUGAUGUUAGCAGUUUCAAACGCUUUGAUAUAGCCAAAGAUCCUUUGGACCAUCAUUUUCUUGGUGCAGCAGGGCAGAAUAGCAGUGGUAAAAAGUGGUUCAAGAAGAUUCAGCAAGAUUGGAAUAUCCUUCAAAAUAACCUGCCUGUUGGCAUCUAUGUACGCGUUUAUGAAGAUCGAAUGGAUCUCUUGAGGGCAGUUAUAGUUGGGGCCUAUGGGACACCUUACCAAGACGGCCUCUUUGUUUUUGAUUUUCACCUCCCUCCUGAGUAUCCUGAUGUCCCUCCGUCGGCAUAUUAUCAUUCUGGUGGCUGGCGGAUAAAUCCAAAUCUAUAUGAAGAAGGCAAGGUCUGUCUUAGUCUGUUAAAUACUUGGACUGGCAGAGGAAAUGAAGUAUGGGAUCCAAAGUCAUCUAGCAUCCUUCAAGUUCUAGUUUCACUCCAGGGAUUGGUGCUAAAUUCUAAGCCUUAUUUCAACGAAGCUGGCUAUGAUAAGCAAGUUGGAACAGCUGAAGGGGAGAAGAAUUCGUUGUCAUACAAUGAGAAUACUUUCUUGCUGAACUGCAAGACGAUAAUGUCUCUUAUGCGAAGACCUCCCAAGGACUUUGAAGAGCUUGUCAGAGACCAUUUCAGGAGGCGUGGCUAUUACAUCCUCAAGGCUUGCGAUGUAUAUAUGAAAGGCUACUUGAUAGGUUCGCUCACUGAACAUGCCUCUAUUAGUGAUGGCGUUGAUGCAAAUUCAACCUCUGUUGGUUUCAAGUUGAUGUUAGCUAAGAUUUUGCCAAAGCUGUACUUGGCUCUGAGUGAGGUUGGAGCUGAUUGUCAUGAGUUUAAGCAUCUGCAACAGUCAUAGUCUAAGAAGGAUUGUUGGAACUUGGAAGAUGCAGUUUCCUCGUGAUCUCUGUAUCUGUGGCUCAAGUUCAGUCGGAAAUCUAAUAAACUUAAGGGGUCUCAUUCUAUUUGAUAUCAUUUUUGUAACUGGUAAACAGAAAUGGAAGGCCUCCGUCGAAUUUCAGAAGUGGGAGUGCCUGGAGCAAAGUUGCCGGCUCUCCCAUUGUGUCCAUGUACAAUAGAUUUUCUGUUAGCAGCAGAUUGAGAAUGAAUUCGUCCUUUCACAUUUGGCUGCAAGCUAAUGUUGACAUCUCUUGUGUUUAGGUUUGGGCAGGCUUUCUGGGAUCUGGAAAGCAACAGUUUUGUUGUUACUGUUUGGUUGCUGAUUAUUAAAUUGAAUUGAUUCAAUUUAUUUGGAA